AUGGCACCCUCUCAAAUCCAGAUCGCCAUCUCCUCGCUCCAGCGCCUGUUGAACGAAGAGCAAUCGUACUACAAGGAGCAGGCACAACAAGAAGCGCGCAUCGCCAAGUUGGAGAAUCCUCAGGCCAACGGCAAUGACGAGAACCACGAGUACCAGUUGAAUCAGGAGCGCAAAGCACUGGAUGAAACCAAGGCGAUGAUUCCUCAGAUGCGCGACCGGAUCACAAACGCACGGGAGAAGUUGGAAAAUAUGCUGGUUAGUCACGCUUCUCUGCUGGCUUCGGGAUUCAUUUCCACUGGGGUUUGGGAUGCGGAUGAUUAA